GGCGUUCAGGGAUGGAGACCGCGCCCGGGAGAGCCCCGCCGUCCUCCGCCGAGGCGUUGCGGUUGGCGCUGGCGGCUCCGGGGUUGCCCGACGGCCCCUUCGGUUGCCCCAUCUGCCUCGACCUCCUGAAGGACCCGGUGACGGUACCGUGCGGGCACAACUUCUGCCAGGGCUGCCUGGGGGCGCUCCGUCAACGGCCGGGCCCCCCCGACGGCAGCGGCGGGGCGGGCGGGGCUGCCCGCUGCCCGCUCUGCCAGGAGCCCGUCCCCGCAGCCUUACGGCUCCGCAAGAACCGCGCCCUCUGCGAGGUGUUACCGCUGCUGGCGGCCCCCGCCCCCGCCGCCUCCUCCCCCCCGUCCCCAGCCGCCGGGUCCCCGAUGGCCCCGGGAGCCGAGGAAGAGGAUGCGGCGGGGGAGGAAGGGACGGCCGUGCUGUGCGACGUGUGCCCGGCGGGGUCGCGGGUGGCGGCGGCGCGAUCGUGCCUGGUUUGCUUGGCCUCUUUCUGCGGAGCCCACCUGGAGCCCCACCGCCGAGCCCCCGCUUUCCGUGCCCACCGCCUGGUAGCCCCGCUGCGGCGGCUGGAGGAGGGUCUCUGCCCCCGCCACCUCCAGCCCCUCGACGGCUUCUGCCGGGCCGAGCAAACCUGCGUCUGCGCCCGCUGCCGCGCCCACGAGCAUCGCGCCCACGACGUGGUGCCCCUCGAGCGGGAGCGCGAGCAUAAGGAGGCCCAACAAGCCAAAUUCCUCAGCGAUGUGGAGAACGAGCUGGAGGAGCUGGCAGUCACCAUCGCGCAGGCCAAGAAGAUGGUGGAGCUCAUUAAGGGCGCUGCCACGAAGGAGAGGGAAAGAGUCGAGAAGCUCUUUGCAGAAGCCUCUGAGGUCCUGGCGACCUUCCAGAAGGAGGUGGCCGGUUUCAUCGAGGAUGGGGAGCGCUCCAUGCUGGGGGAGGCUGAGGCUGAUCUCCGCUGGAAGGAGGAGAGACGAGCCAAGCUGGCCCAGUGCAAGCAAAACCUGGAGAACGUCCCCAGCACCGACACCAUCUACUUCCUCCAGGAAUUUCAGGCCUUAAAAGUAGCCAUGGAAGAAAACCUCUCCCCGGCCCUGAGCUUCCAGAACGAGCUGAACUUCACCAAAUGUACCCAAGCCGUGGGCGCUGUGAAGGAUGUGCUGUCCGCUGCCUGCAAAAACCAGUGGGACCACUUGCAGGGGAAAGGAAUUGACAGGCUGAGUUUCCAGGAGAUGGAAGAAGCGUUGGCUGAAUCCCGGUUUCCAGACAAGUCAAACAAUCCCGCCUGCCUGGAGAGCCGUGAUUACUUCCUGAAAUUUGCCUUCAUCAUUGACCUGGACAGUGACACGGCUGACAAGUUCAUCCAGCUGUUUGGCACCAAAGGGGCCAAGCGGGUGCUGUGCCCCAUCCCCUACCCGGAGAGCCCGACCCGGUUCAUCAACUGCGAGCAGGUGCUGGGCGUGAACCUCAUGAACCGGGGCAACUACUACUGGGAGGUGGAGCUCAUCGAUGGCUGGGUCAGCAUCGGUGUCAUCGCUGAGGACUUUGACCCCCGGGAGUCCUACAACCGUGGCCGGCUGGGGCGGAACGAGAAGUCCUGCUGCCUGCAGUGGAACGGACAGAACUAUGUGGCCUGGUUUGGUGGCUUUGAGUCCGUCAUCCAACAGCCAUUUUUCCACACAAUUGGGGUCUUCCUGGAGUAUUCGGAGAAGGCCCUGACCUUCUAUGGAGUCAAGGACUCCAAGAUGACCUGCCUGCAGCAGCUCAAGGUCUCCCAUUUUGCCAAGGGUCAGUUUGACCCGUUCCAGAACAAGAUCAAUCACCAAUUCGCCUCUCUUUUCUUGUGCAAGCUGAAACCAGCCUUCUUCCUGGAAAGCGUCGAUGCCCACCUGCAGAUCGGGCCACUGAAGAAAGAUUGCGUUUCGGUGCUAAAGCGUAGGUAACUGCCCGGAGA